UGCCUUUAUCACAAAAACUCAAGAAUUCCAAUAUAUGAGGUGAAGCAGAGCAGAGGCUCCCCAGGGAGGCAGGGAUGGAGCACUGCCUCUGCCUUCACAUGUACAGGCUUCCUUCUGUCCCUGUUGAGGAGCGAGGUGGCCGCAGGCUCAGGAAGGAGGCAGUUGGGAGAGGCAUGGGGUUCCGUGGGUGUAAUGGCCUCCUUGGGUUUGGAAACUGUGAGAUGGUGUGUGGGCAGGCAGCCAGUGCCGGGCCCUGUCAGAAGCCCCAGGCUGGCCUCACCAAGGCUCUGCCUUGGCAGGUAGGAGAGGGAAUGUCAGCUCUAAUCCUGCAGCCCGGAGAGGGGCCCCUGCACACGGGGUGGGCUCGGCUGUGCAAGGAAACGGAAAUGAAGGUGGAGCCCCAGUAGCUGUCCUAAGAUGCCAGCCCUUCAAUUAAGGGAAGAACUUUGGCAGGCUAUGAAACAUCAGGGCACCCCACCCUUCCCUGAAGGAAAAGUGCAGUCUUCAGAAAGGGGCACCUUACGGGGGAGCUCAGGGAUGUGGAGCUCCUGGCUCUGAGCCUGCUCUGGCCCAACCCACCAGCCGAGAACCCAGGAAAUCCCAGAGCUCAGCCUGGAGCCAAGUCCAGAUGCUACAAACCGCUGUCCAGCCUCCUAGCUGUGUAUCUGUCCCAUCAACCCAAAACUUACAUUCACGUUUACUCAUACCCAUAAGACAGGCACGUGGGAUGGGAGAGGAUACAAAGACAAUGGCCUGGGGCUUUCCCGGGGCCCCUAUCAUCUGUCCAGGAGAAGCAAGCGCAAUCACAGAUACCCCAGAUAAGAGGUGAUGACAAGCUGGGCGGUAGCCGUUCAAACCAGGUGGUUUGCAUCAUCAUGAUGCAUUAGAGGUGAGCCUCAGAGAAUGAGUGUUGAGGGUGGAGACGGGAAUGGAAGACAGGUCAAGAGGAGUGAAGCAAUGUGGCCUAGGGCUUCUUGUGCCCCUGGGAGUAACCUGGACUGGUGGGAGAGUCACCUCCAGGCCUCCCAAGACACAAGCGGGAGGGCAGAGCAGUGCCCGCUGGGUACGGUGGUGCGGUGAGGGAACUCAGCAAUGCCGAGUGCCCUCGAUGUGGGCCUGGUGAGUCAGGCCUUUGCCUCAGGGGCGCUUCUCGAGUCCUGAGGUUUUUCAGGGCCAUUUCUGCCGACUGGGAUGUGGAUGGCAGGAGUGGGAAUGGCUGACAGCACGGAGCGAGUGCACGGGGUAAAGCACUGGUGUAACCAUGACACUGUUUCACCCUCAGGACCAUCCUGUGAUGGAAGUGUUCCCAAGGAACAGGUGUUCGUGCUCUGCCAUGGCCUCCUGCAGCUCUGCCAGCUCCUGUACAGCGCCUACUUCAAGAGCAGCCUCACCACCAUCGAGAAGCGCUUCGGGCUCUCCAGCUCCUCCUCAGGCCUCAUUUCCAGCUUGAACGAGAUCAGCAACGCCAUCCUUAUCAUCUUUGUCAGCUACUUCGGCAGCCGGGUGCACCGUCCACGGCUGAUCGGCAUUGGGGGUCUCCUCCUAGCUUCGGGUGCCUUCGUCCUCACCCUCCCACACUUCCUCUCAGAGCCCUACCAGUACACCGUGGCCAGCAUUGGGAACAGCAGCCACUUCCAAGCCGAGCUCUGUCAGAAGCACUGGCAGGACCUGCCCCCCAGCAAGUGCCACAGCACCACCCAGGACUCCCGGAAGGAGACCAGCAGCAUGUGGGGUCUCAUGGUGUUCGCCCAGCUGCUGGCAGGUGUCGGGACGGUGCCCAUUCAGCCAUUCGGAAUCUCCUAUGUGGACGACUUCUCUGAGCCCAACAACUCACCCCUGUAUAUCUCCAUCUUGUUUGCCAUCUCUGUGUUUGGACCGGCUUUCGGGUACCUGCUGGGCUCUGUCAUGCUGCAGAUCUUCGUGGACUAUGGCAGAGUGGACACAGCUGCCGUUAACCUGACCCCCGGAGACCCCCGGUGGAUUGGAGCCUGGUGGCUGGGCCUGCUCAUCUCCUCAGCCUCCUUGGUUCUUACCUCUUUCCCCUUUUUUUUCUUUCCUCGAACAAUGCUCAGGGAAACGGAGAGGUCUCCUGCCAUAGUGGAUGAGGCAAGGAAGAUGGACGAGGUCAAGACAAGAAGCUCCCUGGUGGAUUUCAUUAAACGCUUUCCCCGCAUCUUCCUGAGGCUGUUGAUGAACCCACUCUUCAUGCUGGUGGUCCUGGCCCAGUGCACCUUCUCCUCUGUCAUUGCUGGCCUCUCCACAUUCCUCAACAAGUUCCUGGAGAAGCAGUAUGGCGCCUCUGCGGCCUAUGCCAACUUCCUCAUUGGUGCUGUGAACCUUCCUGCCGCAGCCUUGGGGAUGCUGUUUGGAGGAAUCCUCAUGAAACGUUUUGUUUUCUCUCUGCAAACCAUUCCCCGCGUGGCUGCCACCAUCAUCACCAUCUCCAUGGUCCUCUGCGCCCCUCUCUUCUUCAUGGGAUGCUCCACCCCCACUGUAGCGGAGGUCUAUCCCCCCAGGACAUCAAGUUCUAUACAUCUGCAGCCUCUUGCCUGCCGCAGGCACUGCUCGUGCCCAGACGCCAUCUUCCACCCAGUGUGUGGGGACAACGGAGUAGAGUACCUCUCGCCAUGCCAUGCCGGCUGCAGCAACGUCAACUUCAGCUCCAUGGCCUCCAAGCAGCUGACGUAUCUGAACUGCAGCUGUGUGACCGGGGCGUCCUCUUCAGCCAAGACGGGAUCAUGUCCCAUCCCCUGUGCCCACUUCCUGCUGCCGGCCAUCUUCCUCAUCUCCUUCGUGGCCCUCAUUGCCUGCAUCUCUCACAACCCGCUCUACAUGAUGGUUCUGCGUGUGGUGAACCAGGAGGAAAAGUCAUUUGCCAUUGGGGUGCAGUUCCUGCUGAUGCGCCUGCUGGCCUGGCUGCCAUCUCCAGCCCUGUACGGCCUCACCAUCGACUACUCCUGCAUCAGGUGGGGCUCGCAGUGCUCCGGGAGACGUGGGGCCUGUGCCUACUAUGACAACGAUGCUCUCCGAGACAGGUACCUGGGCCUGCAAGUGGGCUACAAGGCGCUGGGUGCCCUGCUGCUCCUGUUCACCAGCUGGCGGGUGAAGAAGAACAAGGAGUACAACGUGCAGGAGAAGGCUGAGGGCUUCCUCUGACCCUUGACCCUCGGCCCAGCCGCUGCCCUGCUCCAGAAAGUGGACCCUGUCCCUCCACACCUGCCUGUAUUUACUAAUGUUAACACGUCAUUUCUGUUUUGUUUUUAAAUUAGAGAAAACCCCAGUCACCAUUUGCCCUCCCCGCGUCCCCCCACACCUGCCCCAGGAUUCCUUAGUCCACUGUGUACCUGGCUAGAUGGGCACUGAGCUGGAGGGUCAGGUCUUCCCCGGCUCCUUGGGAGGCACUCCUGUGUGCCUAGGCUCUCCUCAGUGCUGGAUCCCCCAGCAAGGAUGCCCACUGAGGCAGCCCCUGCCCCCCGCCCCAGCCUUGUGGGUGGGGUUGGCUUCCUAAAUGGAGAGAGCAAAGCGUUAUCUUCCCAGGGGGAAAAGGGAGAAGGCUGGAUUAUGAUGAAUGGCCAGAGGCAGGCUAGGGGAAGGAGAGCCUGGCUGUAGCUCCCCUUAUGUCUUGGUUCAGCAUCAGCACAGAACCCAGGAGGGACUGCCUCCUUCCCCUCAGAUUUUUGCUUCCUGCCUCAAAAGGCCAUUUUGGAAGCUGCCAUGUUGGGAAAUAUGGCCACCUGGUCCCCUCUCAGUUACCCCACACUCAGGCACCAGAGCAGAGACCAAGACACCCCGAGGGUAGGUCAUCCAGAUGCUGUUCUUGUUAACUCUAGAUCCUUCUGUGCUAAGAAAGCCACACCAUGGUGAAGACCUGAGGAGGGUCAUGAAGAGUCAAUAGCCCAACCUCCCACACCCUCUAUGUGAGGACAAGACUGCUCAACUCAGAGUGAUGGGAAGACCCUCCCCAAGUUUCCUUGGGAGCAGAUGAGGUGGCCACACAUGGGCUUUCCUGUCUGGACCUCACCCUGUGUGCCAAAGAGUAAAGACAGGCAGUCCAAGAUGUCAGCAGAGCAAGCAAUGAAGCUGGGGGGCGGGGGGCUGGUUCGGGGGCUGCCAAGCUGGAUGGUGAGCCCACAAAUUAGAGGCCAGGGUGGUCGGCUUCCCUGGCCCCAGACAUGCCUGUGCUCAUCAACGUGUUCUCAGCCUCUCCUUGCUGCCCCUCCGGGGCCUGGGUUGAGCGACCCCGCUGCUGUGUGGUAAAGGUUCAUAGUUAGACGUCCACAAAGGAGGCCUUUCAUCAGCAAGUAUUAUAUUUAUUGCAGACCAGCUUUGUGCAAGGCAGUGCUAGUACAUGGCUCUCCAGCGGGCUUUCCUAGAAUCUCCCCUCACAUGCCGACAUCUACGCUGGGCCUUCUCCCAGAGUGUGCUCAGUGGGCGGCAGCAGGGGAGGCACACACACCCAGAGACUGUCAGCAGGAUCUUGACCAUCCAUGUCCCACCCGAUGGCCCCUGCACCUGGCCCUUGGCCAGACAGAGACCUGGCUCGCCAUGUCCUCUGGAGCAGCUGGGAACUGGUUACUGCCAUACACGGCUCUUGAAUGCCACUCCUCUUGGAAGAACCCUCCAGAAGCAUACCAGAAGCCACCUCUGGAAAGGGCUUAUGUGGUGGUAAGCCAAAAAAUGUACGCCAGUGGCCAAACUGCCACGAGACUGAAGUCUUUGUGAAAGCCACUGCCACAUGUGGCCUCUUUUCCAAAGAUCUCACUCAGGAAGGGAGGCUCCGUGCAACCUCAGGGGCCAGUUCCAGCAUAUAAGAUGGUUCUGCUUGGAGAAUGAUUCCCUGCAACUAAUCCUGGUCCUUCUCUCUGCGAUUUAACCACAUUCUGAAGGCACUGCCUUCAGCUGAGCUCACGGACAAUGAACACCAACCUGCAGAUUCUGGAAGAUUGGUUGCCCUCCCAAGCCUCUAUUCUAUUAUGAUAUUGCUAUUAAUAUAUUAUAAUUUUGCUAUUGAUGUAA